GAAUGGACACACGCUGAGCACUCAAAAAUCUGUUCAACUUUGUGGAAUAUCAGUGUAUCCAUGUAUAUAAUAAAAAUGUAAAAUUCUUUCUGUCUGGUCACACUGAUAAGGGUUUGUUUACUAACUUUCGACAUCAGCUGUCCAUAUAUCUGCGAUUGUUUACAAAACAUCAGUUUUACUUUUGCGCUCUUAUUUGAAAUUAAUGUUUUAAUUAUUUUAUUAAUUAAGAAAUUAAAUCAAAUUAAUCGUAAUUUUUGUUUUUUAAAUGUAUUCGGGAGGAAAUAGAUGUUGCUUGCUGUACUGCACCAGCAUUUCUUCCUCAAAAAUUGAAGGAACAAAAUUCCAUAGAUUUCCGAAGGAUCUUGCAAGAUGUGACGUUUGGAUUGAAAAAUGUGGUCCAAUAAAUUUACCUUCUAUUGAACCUAUAGUUUUGUACAAAAACUAUAGAAUAUGUUCCUUACAUUUUGAGGAUAAAAUGUAUAUAAAUGCUGAAAAGUCAAGGCUCUCAAUUAACGCAAUACCAACGUUGUUUAAAGGUUAUUCUGUGGUACAACCGCCACCGGCAUGGAUAGUCUAAUCAGUAAUCAUAUUAUUUUUUGAUAACACAUCAUAUCUUUAUCUAAUGAACAAAUUAUUCUAAGCUUAUUGAUAUAAUUGUAUAAAUAAUGUAAUUUAAAUAGACAUCAUAGCUAUUAUUAAUCCGUAUAAUUUUUUUCGAAUUAUAGAUGUUUGUAUAAUAUGUAUAUAAGUAUAUAACUAUUUACUAGUAAUUAUGUCUAUUGUACUUUUAUGAGUUAUGCCGUUUGAAAUUGUAUUUGAGACUAGUGUCUGGUAUAUUAAUUACGAAAUUUCAGAAAACUAAAAGUAAAAUGUAUUAGAUACUAUUGCAAUAUAAGUUUGUAAGAAAAUUAUUACAAAUUAUUUACACAUAAAGUGGUCAACUGAAGAUAAGGUUGUUAUUUCUUGUUACAUACAUCAGUAUCACCAAGGUAUCAACGAUACUUUUUUUCGAUAUGGAUAAUUUAAAAAAACCAAAUAUUACAAAAAAGAAAAAAGAACGGUCAUCAAAAAAUAUACUUGAAACUUUAAAAAUAAAAAAGGAAUGUGAGAAAAAAGCAUUAGAAAUUGUGGUUGAGUUAAUUGAUGGUGGAUUGGAAGAAGCAGACCUGUUAAAUAAGUUGCAUUCAAUUAAUGCUUGUCACUAUGAAGAUGUAGUAGAAGAAAGAUUUAUAUUAAAACAUUGUGGAUACGUUAUGUGUGAAAAGACGUUGGAAAACAUACCAAAUCAAAAAUAUAAGAUAUCACUAACCCUCAAAAAGGUGUAUGAUAUCACAGAAAGAAAGAAAUUUUGCUCCAAUAUAUGUUAUAAAAGUUCAAAAUAUUUACAAAAUCAACUACUUACCACACCGUUGUGGUUGCGUGACAAAGAUUCAGUACCAAAAUUUAAAUUAUUUAACAUACAUACAGAAAAGAAUAUUCCAUACAAUUUGCACACCAUGCCUGAUGGUCAGACAAAAUCAUCAACACCGUUAAUUACUGUUCCUACACCUAGCGAUACCGAGACUGAUCUUGAAGAACAACUUGAAGCUCUUUUAACAUUAAAAACUAAUAGUUAAAAAUCGAUUACGGGAUACGAAUAUGAACUCCAACUAUGAAUUACAUUGCAUGAAAAACUGAA